AUGGCCCCAUUCCGCAACUUCCUCGGCCGUAAACCCCAGCCCAAUGGCGGGGAAACCGUUGGCUUCAACGAAAACAAUGAGAACAAUCCACCUAGUCAACUCCAGCGUCCUGGUCCCACACCAAUCGAGGUACGGGGAAGCCAUGAUGGGGUGCCUCCCGAGUAUAAAUUGAGUGUUGUGAAUGACAGCGGCGUCUAUCUUCCACCCUCUCCACCAGAGAAGCAGAGUUUCUGGUCCCGCUACCCCGGCUCAACGCGGUCGUCAAAUCAUCAUCGCGAUCUAGUGGACGAGAACGAACCAUUCUCAAUAUCGCGCGAAUCCUUUGACUCCUACCGCCGGUCUUUUGAUAUAUCCGCCCGCGCCCCAGUAUCACACCCCGAUGCCGUCCCAUCCCGCACCUCCCUCGACUCCCGCUUUUGCCGAGUUACAUCGCCCGCCAUGCGACCCACAACUUUCGAAAAGCCCGACGUAAUGAAAGAAGAAGUCUUCGAGGACGUUGGACUCAACGACGAGGCAAAGCCUAAGAAAAAGGGCAUUUUCGCCCGGUUUGGCGAUUCUAGCGAUGCGCCGUCAUCUGGCAAGUCUACUUCCUUUGGGUUCCACAUUCCUGGCAGGAAGCGCGGGCAGAGCGGCGGGGGAUCGGAGAUGUGCUCUAUGCCAAAGCCUGAGCCCAUGACCGCAUCUACGCCAGAAAUUAAUCGCGAAUGA